CUCGGUGGCCAUGUGGGUCUUUUUGUCCUUUGGACCUCUUGCAAAGGAGCAAGUCUCUUUGUUCCCUGGGGCACUGUUGCUGGGUGGGGAGGACGCUGCUGUGUGGAGCCUGGGCAUUUCUGCAGGUCAGCAGAGAACAGGGAAGCCAGUGCGAUUUUUUUCAGCCCCAGUGUGAACGGUCCUGUGGAAAGCUCCAGCAGGCAGCUCACUGCUGAUUCAGUCACCGGCUUUCCGGGCCUGGAGGGCUGUGCCAGCUUCUGUCUCCUGCCGAGCUUCAAGCAUGCUGAGUUUUUAUUAUUACAGAGAAGAGGGGAACGCAGUGCCUGUCAUUGCCGGGGGGAGCCUCAUUCUGCUGCCAAGGGGGGCGCUUUCGGAUGGAGCCACGAGUAUGAAGAAGAAAAGUGGCUCUAAGAGAUCACUCAGGACCACCCAGGAUGGAGGGCUUUCCUGUGUGUAUAACAUGAAUUUUGAGAAGGUGGGCAAAUGCAUCAUAAUAAACAACAAGAACUUCGACUUAUCAACAGGUAUGAGCGUCCGGAACGGAACAGACAGAGAUGCCGAGGCCCUUUACAAGUGCUUCCGAAACCUGGGCUUUGAUGUGUUUGUCUAUAACGACUGCUCUUGUGCCAAGAUGCAGGAGUUGCUGAAAAAAGCUUCUGAGGAGGACCACAGGAAUUCCGCCUGCUUCGCCUGCAUCUUACUCAGCCACGGAGAAGAAAACUUGAUUUAUGGGACAGACGGCAUGAUCGCUAUCAAGGACUUGACGGGCCACUUUCGGGGGGAUAGAUGCAAAACCCUCCUAGAGAAACCCAAACUCUUCUUCAUCCAGGCCUGCCGGGGGACAGAGCUCGAUGACGGGAUCCAGGCGGACUCGGGGCCUAUCAGUGACACGGAUGCCAGUCCCCGAUACAAGAUCCCAGUCGAGGCCGACUUUCUCUUCGCCUAUUCCACAGUUCCAGGCUAUUACUCGUGGAGGAACCCGGGAAGCGGCUCGUGGUUUGUGCAGGCCCUCUGCUCCACCCUGAACGAGCACGGGAAAAGCCUGGACAUCCUGAAGAUCCUCACCAGGGUGAACUACAGGGUGGCCAGGCACUUUGAGUCGCAGUCCGAUGACGCCCGCUUCCACGAGAAGAAGCAGAUCCCCUGCGUGGUGUCCAUGCUCACCAAGGAACUCUUCUUCUUCUCAAAAUAACCGUUCCAGGCGUGCGGUUUAGCUGAACAGCAAUGGGUUCCUUGUUGAUGAAUCUUUUUUUUUUUCUUGGGUGCUCUUGAGAUACCUGUAAAUUCUAAAGGAUUUUUAUUUCAGGAAAAUUUGUUGAUUCGACAGGAAGGAAGCUUUCUGGUGCUGUCUUAAGGUCUCUGAAUUUUCAGUGUUAUCUAUUUGAUGACCUUGUAAUUUCCUCUGAAGAUUAUUUUUGUUUGUAUUUUUCCUCUUGUUGUCACAUGUAGCACAUACAACAAAAACGACCUCUGCAGGUGCCUCUUGGCUGUCCACUGUGACUGGAGGUGACAUUGGUGGACAGAGUCAUAUUUGUACCUGGUAAAAAACAGUCCCAGUGCUUGACAAAACAUGGCCAAGGGAUAUUCAGUUUCCUGUGUUAUAGAAGGUGGGUAUAGAGUAUGGUUUGAGCUAUUUUUCAGUGGCUUAGGGCAGAUUCUCAUGCAGAUUCCCAAGUAAGUUACAGGGGAAAAUAAUGUAAUGAUUCUACCAUGUAUGCAUUAGGAUCCAGCCAGGAAAACAGAAGCUGUUCUAGGUGUUUCAAAAUAAAGAAUCGAAUAGAGGAAAUUGACUUAACAAAGAUGAUAAAAGAGAAGCCAGAUAAAAGAAAGCUGUUACCACCUAGAGCUGUGAGGCUGUGUGUUUCCCUGAGCCCAGAAAGGGGGGUCGUUUACAGAGCUGGAACCACAGUGAGGGGUGGCCUGGUGGGAGCUGGUACCACCUAGGAGAGGAGCUAAGGAAAACCUCAGCACAGCAGGGCAAAGCCACUGCCUGAGAGGGGAGACUCCAGGUGCGCCACGCGUGGAGAAAUACCCCUGGCUUUACCUCUUCUUCUGCCCUGGCAUCUUCCUGCAGCACCUGCUCUUCCAGUGCCACCUGGAAGCCAGUUGACAAGGGCCUUGGGAAUUGUAUUUCCCUGCAGGACAGCAGAGCAAAGGAGAGUGGAUGAGGCAGGGGAGGAGUAAGAAGUAGGUAUGAGUGCACCCAUAAUGGGAACAGAUGCCCUUCUGUUCCCUGACAUUCUGCUCUCCUGCAUUCAACCAUCUAUUCAUUCCGUUGUCAGACAAUCUACAUAUUGCCCAAUAUGUGAGAAAUAAUCUGUUUUAGCUUUAAUGGAUACCUGAAUUUUUUUAGAUCAUUCCAAUCCUUAUUCUGAGUACA